UCUCAAAACCGAUUUUCCCUCUAAAUCUUCAACUCAAAACUCAAGAAAUUAACAGAGAAAUUUAAGUGCCAAGAUUAUGGGUGUCUCUCACAGGAAAAAUUUCUCCACUACCUUAUUCAUUUUCUCCAUUGUAUUGGUUUCCCAUCAAGAACUUGUAGCGGCAAUGAGGCCGUUAGGAGGAGAGCAAUGGACAAAGAAAACAGGGGGCCUGGUGUUUCAGUCUCUACAGCAGGGGCCAGUGCCCCCUAUAAGUGGUAACCCAUGCACUUACAUACCUGGACAGGGCUCAGGCUCUUGCACUCUCAAUGGCAUGAACGUAGCCGGCAGUGUUGUGCGUGCCCCGCCUGCCUUUCCUGACCUAGUCAUGGAAGUUGGAGUGGCUUCCACUGCUUCAGACACUCGUCGCCAAGAUCAAGUCUUGUAAUUUAGAUAUGCCAGGUCAAACUCAAAUGAAAUUUCGCCAUAAAUUUUAUGUAACUUUGACCCUUGUUUUGUGCCUUUUUUUUUUUUUUUCAAUCCUAGGAUUGUUUAUUUUUUUUCGCUCGUCUGUUUCUUGGUAAUAUAACAACCAAUGCAUGUAUUUAUUGUAACUUAAAACAC